UGUGGUUUGUCGUGGUUUUUGGAUCAUCUCUGAUUCUUCAGAGCUUGGCUUUUGGAAAGAUUUUUGAAAAGGAAGUAGUCAAAGGCCACGUUCGUUUAUUUUCGCGACCAAAUAUCGAAUUUUAUGGUUUGUUGCAACCCUUUACGAUGAAACCAGAGGAUAAUAUGAACGAUGAUUUAAUGCGUAGACAAAUGUCAUUCAGAAACAAUAAUUUGUUUUUUAAAUGCGUAAAAGAUGACAACAAAGCUACGGUGUUUGUAUACGCACCAGAAGGAUACUUGAUAGAUAGAUUGAAGAUUGAGAGCAAAGAUGAUUGCGACAAAUUCAAGGAUCGCAUAAAUAUAUUUGGACAGCUGGUAAGGGUUAGGGAAGAAAACGGAUAUGAGCAGUUAGAAUACACCAUAAUGUACCCGUUGGUUGGGGAAGAACAUCGUUGUCUCACCAGACUCUACAAGCUUAUCACAUUUCAGUACUACACCAAAUUACGGAGAGGGGAUCCACAACUGAUGGAUUGCAAAGAGAAAACUGUGAUUGGGACUGCUGAUAUUAAAUAUGAAAAAGAAGAAAUGUUACCAUGGGGAGAGUUCGAAAUCAUGGAUUUGAUCAAAGAUGCUGAUUUUGUCGAUAAACCUUCCAUUAUCACUUUAAACGCUGACUCAAACAUCAAGCUCAAGUGCCAACAAUACACCAAGAAAGAAAAGGGAAGAAACGCAUCGAUACAACCUACCUCCAUUGCAAUUGGAUAUAUAACUUAUAAGAAUUUAAUCUUAGAAAAAUUAAUUCUAGACUCUUGUCUGGAUAAAGUUGAAGGGGUGUACAUCAACCGCCUACAGGAAACGUCAGACAAAAUGAAUGAAGAAGAAUUUGAACUUGUCUUCAAAACCACAAAAGGAUCAUGUUUUAAAAUAUCCAUUAGUUAUCAUUUUCGUCGACCUCGCAAAGACACAGUUUUCAUUUUCCGAUACAACCAUCAAAAAGUCAAUUGUCCAGAUGUUUGGAACAGUGAUGCAGCCUUCAACGUAAAACCAACAUGGAGUAUAACUAAGUGGUUUCACUCACUGGCUGACUCUGGCUGGUGGUGA